AUCACAUCUCUCCUCCACUAUUCAAUAAUUAAGCAUCUAUCGAUUCGAGGGGACACAUUCCUCGAUCGAUCAAUGGAGACGAUGGAAAUGGGAGGUGAUUGCAAACCCUUGACUACAUUUGUUCAUGCAGACACGAGCACGUUUCGAGAAGUAGUGCAGCGUUUAACAGGGGCAGGACCUAAUCAAACUCAAACUCAAACUCAACAUGCAAAGAGUAACGCGGCCAACAGCAUAAGCUCAAGGAAAACGACGACGGCCUCAUCAACGAGCAAGCUUCAUGAGAGAAGGCAAUACAUCAAACCCAAGCUUGAUAUAGUUAAACCUACCAUCACCAACAGCCAAUUCAAAUCACCAACUCCCUUGGUCAGCCCUUCUACAAUUUUCUCAAAGCUCUCGAUAGUCGAACAAGAAAACAGAGGAGGAUCACCAGCAGCUGCAGCAAAGUCGACGGUUGGAACAUAUGAACAUGAAGAUGAAAAUAAUAGGAAUAGUCAUUCAGAAGAAGAGAAAGCCAUUCAAGAGAGGAGAUUUUACUUGCGUCCAUCACCACAGCCGGAAAAGUCCCCAAGGUCACCACCAGAGUUGCUUACCUUGUUUCCUCUAACAUCUCCCACAUCAAAACUUCAAAAUCCAUGAUUUUUUCCCUGUUUCCGAAUCAACUGUACAAUGUUGCAAAUCUUCGAAUUGUUAAUCUACACAUCGCAAGCUUCAUGCUUCAUGGAUA